GCCGCCGCUACUGCAGCCGCCGCCGCGAGGGGCCGCCCGCGCCCCCUCCGAGUCGGGCCCGCGUCCAUGGCCUUUCUGACCGCCUGGAAGGGGGCGGCCUCCGGGAAAAGCGACUACAGGACUCCUGUGAGUAGCCUCCAUGAGGCCCUGGACCAGUGCAUGACCGCCCUUGACCUCUUCCUCACCAACCAGUUCUCAGAAGCACUCAACUACCUCAAGCCCAGAACCAAGGAAAGCAUGUACCACUCGCUGACUUACGCCACCAUCCUGGAGAUGCAGGCUAUGAUGACCUUCGACCCCCAGGACAUCCUACUUGCUGGCAACAUGAUGAAGGAGGCUCAGUCGCUCUGUCAGAGGCACAGGAGGAAGUCCUCUGUAACAGAUUCCUUCAGUAGCCUGGUGCACCGCCCCACUAUGGACCAGUUCACAGAAGAGGAAAUCCACGCUGAGGUCUGCUACGCAGAGUGCCUGCUACAGAGAGCGGCCCUGACCUUCCUGCAGGACGAGAACAUGGUGAGCUUCAUCAAGGGCGGCAUCAAAGUUCGAAACAGCUACCAGACCUACAAGGAGCUGGACAGCCUUGUGCAGUCCUCACAGUACUGCAAGGGGGAGAACCACAGGCACUUUGAAGGAGGGGUGAAGCUCGGCGUGGGCGCCUUCAACCUGACGCUGUCCAUGCUUCCUACCAGGAUCCUGCGGCUGCUCGAGUUCGUAGGGUUUUCAGGAAACAAGGACUACGGGCUGCUGCAGCUGGAGGAGGGGGCAUCGGGGCACAGCUUCCGCGCCGUGCUCUGCGUCAUGCUGCUGCUCUGCUACCACACCUUCCUCACCUUCGUGCUUGGCACCGGGAACGUCAACAUCGAGGAGGCAGAGAAGCUCUUGAGACCCUACCUGAAGCGAUACCCUAAGGGCGCCAUCUUCCUGUUCUUUGCGGGGCGGAUUGAAGUCAUUAAAGGCAAUGUUGAUGCGGCCAUCCGGCGGUUCGAGGAGUGCUGUGAGGCCCAGCAGCACUGGAAGCAGUUCCACCACAUGUGCUACUGGGAGCUGAUGUGGUGCUUCACCUUCAAGGGCCAGUGGAAGAUGGCCUACUUCUACGCAGACCUACUCAGCAAGGAGAACUCCUGGUCCAAGGCCACCUAUAUCUACAUGAAGGCCGCCUACCUCAGCAUGUUUGGGAAGGAGGACUACAAACCGUUUGGAGAUGACGAAGUGGAGUUGUUUAGAGCUGUGCCAGGCCUGAAACUCAAGAUUGCUGGGAAAUCUCUACCCACAGAGAAGUUUGCCAUCCGGAAGUCCAGACGCUACCUCUCCCCUAAACCUAUCUCGUUGCCCGUCCCUGCUCUGGAAAUGAUGUACAUUUGGAAUGGCUACGCUGUGAUUGGGAAGCAGCCGGAACUCACAGAUGGGAUCCUUGAGAUUAUCAUCAAGGCUGAAGAGAUGCUGGAAAAGGGCCCAGAGAAUGAGUACUCAGUGGAUGAUGAGUGCUUGGUGAAACUGCUGAAAGGCCUGUGUCUGAAAUAUCUGGGCCGUGUCCAGGAGGCUGAGGAGAAUUUCAGGAGCAUCUCUGCCAAUGAAAAGAGGAUUAAAUAUGACCAUUACUUGAUCCCAAAUGCCCUGCUGGAGCUGGCCCUGCUGUUUAUGGAGCAAGGCAGAAAUGAAGAGGCCGUGAAACUCUUGGAAACUGCCAAGCAAAACUAUAAGAAUUAUUCCAUGGAGUCAAGGACACAUUUUCGAAUCCAGGCAGCCACACUCCAAGCCAAGUCUUCCCUAGAAAAGGGCAACAGAUCUAUGGUGUCAUCAGUGUCCUUGUAGUUUUGUGCAGCAGUCCCAGGCUGGAAGACAGAAUCAGCUGGACAGAGCUCCUGGAAACAUUUCAAAAAGAACCCCUCCCCCUGCCCUGCCUUUGGGGUCCACCGGUGCUCCAGUGGGACAGCACGACAUAGGUGUCUGUGCAGAAGUGAAGCCAGCAUGUUCACCAGUGCGGCCAAGGGCUUUGGUCAAGGCCAGAGCAGGUGGAGCUCCCUGCCUGCCCUGUCACACAUACGGGUACUUGUUUUUCACUGUGAUGUUAAGAGAAUGUAUGAACAGUUUACAUUUUCCUUAGAAAUACACUGAUGGAAUCAAAGUUGGCUUUUGGGGAAAAAAACCACCAACCAACCACCUGUAUGUAAAUCAUUGUUAGACUUCAGCGAGGUCUCAGCUUCCAGGGCUGGAAGGACCCAAAAGAGGAUCUGGACCUCAGGCUUCGAGAUUUCUGAGGGCUAAACACAGAGGUUUCACACAAUCCCACUACCUUACUUCUUACAGUCCCUUUGUAAUUCUGCAAUUGAAAAAAACAAACAUGUCUUUUUAGUGAGAUAAUCUUGAGUCCAUUUGUAGGAAAAAACAUCAAUUCCCACUACUAAGGAAUGGUGAUAUCGAGGCCUGAAGGAAGGGGAGCGCUUUCUGUGCCAAAGCCAAGAAAUUUGGCAGGUAAAGUUUCUCAGACACUAGUCUGCUAUACACCAAACUGAAACCACUGGGAAUGAUUUAUGAAAGACAAAAAAUCUUCUAUACUUCAAGGUACAUUUAUUUACUGAUAGUAUUUUUCUUAGAAACAGAAUGGUUAUUCUUAGCCUGUUUAUGUAUGUUUUAGAUUUUUCAGUCAAGAGAAAAGCUAUAUUUCAGUAAUAAAACUUAUACACUUCAGAGAUCAUACAACAUCUAUUUCAGUAAAAUACUUUGUUGCUUGAAUUCUUGGGCAGGGCAGAAAGUUUCAAUCAGAAGCCAUAUGGCCCAAGCAUGUUUUAUUUAGACAACCUGUUUUAAAAUUUUCAGAAUAAGUUAACAAACAUUUAAAAAUGGGGAGACUUCACAAAUAAAUCUGGUUUCUGGCUUCUUACUUUAAAAAUCUGGCAAUAUUGGGCCUCAUUUUCACAAGGCAACAAUCAGUUGGAGCUGAGUAGAAGCUCUUUUCAACACUUAUCCUUCUGGCCCCUAAAAGUGUCUUACUAACUCAAACACACAAAUGCAGUUUCUGUAAGGGAAGGACCACAGACGACUUUUCCAAUCUUCCAGCCUGCUGAAUUUAGCAAACACUUUUAGGCAUAUGCUAGGGACAGGGAGGUUUAUUCAGUUAAUAUACAACUAAGUUUCCUUGACUGAUAUUGAAUGAAGUUAUGGGUUUUAGGUAAAGCAUAUUCUCAUUUUCGACUGAAAAGACAGUCGAAAGAUCCUCUUUCUGUCAGAACAGAAAUGCUACUGAAGGAAAGCUCCAGUAUCUUGUUAGAACUAGACAAAAGAAUGCUUUCCACAAAGGGCAAGCUCUCUUCCACAGCCUGGAUGCUGGGCACCCAGCCCAGCAGGGCAGGUGAAAGGGGUGAACUAGAGCUAGACUGCUGAACAGGGUGGCCUCUUGGCCUCCCUAUCAGAAUGGAACCCAUCGCAGUAUAAAAGCAGCACUGGUCACCACAUACCAAGCAUAAAAUUGCCAUUUACAAAAGCCUUUCUUUCAGUGUUCAUUUUAGGUGGUUUUGAACUCUUUAUGCCAGGGUGAUCUCCUAGUUGUUGCUGUUUCCUUCUGGGCCUCAUGCAUUAGCCGCCCAGCCGUCUGCUGCCCUGGCUGCAGACAUAUUGGUUUUGUCUCCUUUAUCCUACCUGCAGCUUGAGCUCCUCCCUCAAACACGCUUGUGAGGGAGGUCCCCAGCGGUCCAACGGUUAAAACUUGGUGCUUUCACGGACGUGGCCAGGGUUCGAUCCCUGGUCAGGGAGCUAAGAUCCUGCAAGUUGGAUGGCCAAAAACAAACACACACAUAUGUGAAGGAACGUGAAAAUGCUGGGUGUCUACACCACUGUAUCCUUGUGCAGAGGCCUCUGAAGGUGAAAAUGCUGUCUUGAGAGUCUCACUGUGUCUUGAGCCAUUUCUGGUCAUUGCUUCUCUAACACUGCAGACCUUCCUAGCACAUCUGCCCUAAAAAGGCAGCUGAUCGGGUGAGAUUUCUGGCCUCCAAGUAAGGAGACCUAAUUGCAGCCCCUGCUUUGCUACUACUGCUUUUUCAGUGUGACCCUGGGAGUCAUGGAGCCUCUAAAAUUUAGUAAUUUGAACUAGAUUAAGGCCCUCUCCUGCUGUCAACAGUUCUAAUUCUGGUCAAGUCUGUUUCUGGGCUUUCAUCUUCAAAAAGAGGCAACUGAUCUGUACCUCUCUACCUUUUGUCAAAGGCUUGUGUCCCCAGGUGGCUUAUGAGAAGUAAUGAUAGACUCCCUCAAUCAGGGGCCUCUACAGUGGCCUAGGACACCCAGAGAGCAACUAAUCCUCAUUUGCGGAAAGUCUGAAUCCUUGCCACGCAGAGGAACUCAGUUGUUAGGGAGCAGCAACUGUGUAACAUGCUCUGAACAGGCUCUUGGCAACAAAGUCUACUCUGCCUCUCACUGGUCCCAGGCCUUGAACUGGCAGGGUAGCUUCCAGCAGUAUGCUGGUCCCUAUCAGCUCUCCCAUAUGUUGGCAGGAUUCCUUAUCUCUCAAGUCAGAAUAGGAGCGUUUCCAAGACAGCUAUCGUCAUUCACAGCAAAGAAGCCAUGACCUGACAGUGAAGCCAGGACUCUAAAAGGCCAGCACCAACCAAACACUUGGCUCAGGUCUGAGUGGGAGAUUCCCAGCAACAGGGGGAGCACUGGGGGGUUUUAGAAAGCCCCAGCCUGCUGCAUGCCUGAAUCAUUCAACAGGGAAAUAAAAUCCAGAUACUUUUC